AUGAUUCCCGGGAAAUACCGCUCUGUUUCUGGCCGGGCUGCGAGCAACGUGAACUGUGGGCUUCAUCUGGUUAUUCAAACAUCAUCGCUUCCUGAAAAAAACAAAGUUGAAUUCAGGCUAAAUAGAGAAACGCCAUCAUUCCCUGGUCGACUCUUACAGCAUGACCUUGAAAGAAACUACUCAAGUAGACAAGGAGAUGGAAGAGUAAUAAGUCCUUCGCCUCAUAAUAAAUCAUCCUGCAUCUCAUCCACAACAAAUGUGACAGAACUAUGUGGGCUGGAAAUGAAAGCUGCCACGAGCUCCUUAUCAGCAUUUGGAGAUUGUUCCAUUCAGACACCUUCAAAGUCCAGAAUCCGGCAGGGCUGUCAUAGUGCUGGCCCAAAUGUAUCUGGUGAUCAUAUUAAUUUGGUGAGCUCAUCAAUGCCUUCAUUUCCCAUUCUCCAACGUUCUUCUGAAGAGAAAAUUCUUUACUCAGACAGGUUGACCCUAGAAAGGCAGAAGCUGACCGUGUGUCCUAUUAUUGAUGGGGAAGAGCACCUUCGUCUCCUGAACUUUCAGCACAAUUCUAUAACUCAGAUCCAGAAUAUCUCCAAUCUGCAGAGGCUAAUAUUCUUGGAUCUAUAUGAUAAUCAGAUUGAAGAAAUUAGUGGACUUUCUACUCUGAGAUCUCUCCGUGUCCUUCUUUUGGGGAAAAACAGAAUUAAGAAAAUUUCAAAUCUGGAGAAUCUAAAGAGCUUAGAUGUCUUGGACCUUCAUGGAAAUCAGAUUACCAAAAUUGAAAAUGUCAAUCAUUUGUGUGAUUUGAGAGUUUUAAAUCUUGCCAGGAACUUUUUAAGUCACGUUGAUAAUCUUAAUGGGCUGGAUUCACUAACUGAGCUUAACCUGCGACACAAUCAAAUUACUUUUGUGAGAGAUGUGGAUAAUUUGCCCUGCCUCCAACGUCUGUUUCUCAGCUUCAACAAUAUAGCUACUUUUGAGAGUGUUUGCUGCCUCGCGGACUCCACUUCUCUCUCCGACAUCACCUUUGAUGGCAAUCCCAUAGCUCAAGAGUCAUGGUACAAGCACACAGUCCUUCAGAAUAUGACGCAGCUGCGCCAGCUAGACAUGAAGAGAGUCACAGAAGAAGAAAGGCGUAUGGCAUCUGUUGUAGCCAAAAAAGAGGAAGAGAAGAAGCGGGAAAGUCAUAAGCAAUCUUUGCUUAAGGAGAAGAAAAGGUUAACAAUUAACAAUGUAGCUCGAAAUUGGGACUUGCAACAACAUCGAAUAACCAGUAUCGCUAUAAAUCAAGAUAGAAGAGAUUCUGACUCUCAGGACCACUGUCAGAACGAUGGAAGCACCGUCUCUACAUUUCCAGAGGAAGCAGGGUCUCUGGACUCAGGACUCACCAGUGGAUUACAGGAUCUAUCUGUCACAGACACACACCUUGUUGAAGUGGAUGGAGACACGCUUUCCCUGUAUGGCUCAGGAGCACUGGAGUGUCUGGAUCGGAACUGGAGCAUGCAAACAGCAGGAAUGGUGACAACAGUGUCCUUCACGUUCAUAGAAUUUGAUGAAAUCGUCCAAGUGCUUCCCAAAUUGAAGAUUAAGUUUCCUAAUUCUCUGCACCUUAAAUUCAAGGAAACAAAUCUUGUAAUGCUGCAGCAAUUUAAUGCACUAGCACAGCUCCGUCGAGUUGACCAGUUGACAAUUGAUCCUCAAGGAAAUCCAGUUGUCAGUUUUACACUCUGGAAAUAUUAUGUCCUGUUUAGGCUGAGCCAUUUUAAUAUGCAGAAAAUAAAUGGAACAGAGGUGACGCAAAAUGAUAUGAUAAUGGCUGAGAGGCUGUUUGGAAUCCUAGCACAUGUAGCAUCUUCUGAAUUACCACAGUACCGUCUGAUUUCAAUACUGGGUGAUGCCAGGAAGAAGCAAUUCCGAUAUCUUCUAGAAACCAAAGGGAAAAAACCUGGUAUUGUCAGUGAAGAAAAUAAUGAUCGCAAGAGACUUGUGGGAGAAAACACAAAUCGUGCUACACUGAAUUAUACCACCAGAGACUUUUACACUGAAAAGCUGGAGGAAAUAAAGGAAAAAAAGAAAUUCUGCAAGAUGUAUAUCGAGGAUCUUGUGAAGGAAGCCACAGAAAUCAACAUGAAAAAUGAAGCUUUGCAGAAACUUUGGCCACAGAUGUUCAUUGAACUUGUGAGGGAUGCAGUUAUAGAAAUCCGCAAUAAAAAUUCCUAUAUGAAGCUUUGCCUACAGCAGAUAACGGACCAAAAAUAG